UAUGGCCGUGUUAGGGCCAAAUGUGAGUGUAAAUAUGAAUGGUCAUAGUAAUAUUCAUAGUCAGUUAACAAAAUCUUUAGAAAGAAUUUUAGAAGAUGCGUAUUUGAGUGGUGAAUUAAAAUUAAGCGGACGUAAGUUAAGAGAUUUCCCGAAACCAGUGAAAUAUGACUUGAGUGAUACAGUUGUUGCUGAUUUGUCAAAGAAUCGGUUCAGCGAAUUGCCGGAAGAAGUAACCACAUAUAUAUAUUUAGAGAAGUUAGUGUUGUCACAAAAUAUCAUCAGGAGUAUACCAGAUGCAGUUGGUGGAUUACAGUCACUCACAUAUUUAGAUCUCAGUUCAAACCAGCUAACAGAGUUGCCUCGUGAGGUAUGUAUGAUGCCGUUACAAGUUCUUCUUCUACCGGACAAUCUCCUGACGAGUUUACCGAAAGAGAUCGGCAAGAUGACAUCUUUAGCGGAAUUGGACGCGUCAAACAAUAGGCUAACACAAGUUCCAAUGAACCUUGGAGACUGUGCUGGUCUUCGAUGUUUAAACCUUAGCAAUAACCAGCUGGGGUUACUGCCGUUACAGAUCACGUACCUCCGACUCGAGCACUUGGACGUGAGCUGUAAUUGUAUAUCUUCGCUUCCAUUAGAGCUCCGCAAUAUGAACACGAUUAUAACAUUGAAUUUGGACAACAAUCCUCUCGUGUCACCACCCACUACAAUUUGCAUGCGCGGGCGCGUGCACAUAUUCAAAUAUCUCGAGAAUAUGGCGAUAAAGGAUUCGUUGCCGGCACACAGAAGAGUAGACGAAACGAGACGGUCAGCGAAGCACACAUCGUACAUCAGCACACCCAACAGCGGAACACAUCAGAUCACGUCGGGUAACGCGACCAUCGACUGCCUGAGACACAAACCGAGACACGUCGUGGACAGCGGAUACUGUACUGAUGGCGUGGAGAAGAGGUGGUCGAACGAUGCGUGUGGCGAGGCGGGCGGCGGGUCGGGCCGCUCCACUCCCAGCACGCCCUCCACGCUGUCGCCCGGCGCCGCUCUGUCGCGGGCGCAGUCUCUGUCCAGCGAAACUCCCCUCGCCCCCCUCACGCCUAUACUCACAGGCCUCCGUAUAUCACCUGAAGGGAACAUUUCGAAUGGCGAGGAUAAGAGUAAAUUAGCUCAUCAGCAAACGUACAGACAAUACAAAGAAGCCCUAAGACAGCAGCGUCAGCAGGACGUGUACCGGCCGCGCUGCGACCAGCCCUCCCCCUCUCCCGAGCUGGACUCCAACCCGCACUCCCUCAACCAGAGCCCCGUGCACUUCCAGAAGUCCCCUCACUCGCCCAUCAACGGAUAUAGUAACGUAUCUCCCUACAACCGUUCGUUGUCCUCGAACUCCACAACCUCACCUAACGCUUCCAUUGUCGCACCCAACUCCCCCGUCCUCCAUUCGACGCCCCGAAGAUUUCAAGCACAGAACGGCAAUCAGGAAAAGGUGGAGGAGACGAAACGACCCGUCCAAAAAGUCGUUCCGUCGCGAAACGUCAACAAAAUGUACACGUCCGUCAACGGCAACGUCGACUACACGCGACUGAACGGCUCGGACACGUAUUCGAAACCGACCUCCCCGAGCAAGUCUCCCACGAACACGAUAGGGUACACGAACAGUCUCAAAUCGAACAUACCGAGGACGGUGAAUGGUGACGCGAAAUUGUUAACGACGACGGUCUCAUACUUGAAAGGAGCGGGCGCGAAGCCGGCGGCCAAGAUUGCCUGGAAUAAAGACACGCCUCCGGACAAGCUCAGCUUCACCAUGAAGAGAGAGUUCGAUAAGCAGAAGGAGGAGUCGGAACUUCUGCAGCAGUUGAGGACGAUAAUCGAGAGCCGACUGAAGAUGUCGCUGCCGGAGCAGCUGGCGCCGGUGCUGGCGGACGGCGUGGUGCUGUGCCACCUCGCCAACCACGUGCGGCCGCGGUCCGUCGCCUCCGUGCACGUCCCCUCGCCUGCGCAGCCAAAAUUAACAAUGGCAAGAUGUAGAAGAAACGUCGACAACUUUCUGGAGGCGUGUCGAAAAAUAGGAGUCGAAGAGGAGGACGUGUGCGCGGCCGCAGCCGUAGUGUGCUCGGCCGACACGCCCGCCCUGGCGCGCACCGUGCGGGCGCUCCUGGCACACGCCACCGCCGCGAAGGCCCCCCACCCGCCGUCCGACCCGCCGUUCGACCCGCCGUCCGACCCGCCGUCCGACCCGCUGUCCGACAGCCCCGAAUUCGACUCCAUCGAAGUGAACUACGACCGCUCCCGGCACAGGUACGGCGAGGACAGGUACAUCAGCAACUUCAACUACAACGAUCAGGACUACACAUUCGACGAGUCGGAGGAGCACCAGCUCGGGUUCGACGGUAGCGCCGAGUCGCCCCCGGGCGUCCAGUACUCGCCGGUCUACCCCGAGGAGACGAGGGUCCGGGGACCGUACUACCAGAAGAAUAGGAUUCAGUUUGUCACACCGUUCUGCAAGGGCGACGGCGUGUUCAAGAAUGAUAAUUUCGAAAUAUAUGACACGGAUGAGGUCGAUUUUCCGAUCGUCUUGACCGAGAAGACGAUCGACGCGGAUAGAUACGACAGGGGGAAGAUGAAUCUUGACAUACGACGCAAUUACGAUUCCAAUACGACAGCAGUCGAAACUGAAACGGCGAGAGACAGAGAGAAUAGAAUUUUCUAUACUUGUCUAUGCCUCGGAAGUUUUAUUGUGUCUACGAUUGCGCUUAUUCUAUAUCCUCUGUGAAUAAGAGCGGUAGAUUGUUUCCAAUAUUCACCACUGCCUUUCACAUUUGAUCUGAUUUAUCAUAAAAAUAAGACCCUAUUUAUACAGAAACUUUUGCAGCUAUAUACUCAAUAUCAAACUUGCGACAACACCGAUUCACUUUAAGUGACUUGGUUGCGGAUGAAUGAGGAAUAAAUACGCAUUAUAUUAUAUUAAUGCGACUGACUACGCGGCAUGAAAUAUGGAUUGCCUUCAAGAAACAUCGCUAUGGUAUAACAUUUUUACAAAUUGUAAAUUUAAUACAAGAAAACUUCAUGUGUGACGCGACUUUAUCGCUGCAAAAUUAGUCACGUCAUAGAAAUAAGGCUGUAGAAAUGAAUAGUUGUUAGUGUAAUGAAAUACACGGUUAUUUCCAUUUAGUGCACACAAUGCCUUAUAAUGUAUAAUAUAACAGUUAAACUGUGAUCGAAAUCAAAUUGAGGCUGCUGUUUAAGAUUGAAUGCGGCACUUAUAUAUUUCUAUUUAAAAUUACGCACAAAUGAAAUAUCCGAAAAACCAAAAGGUAAUUAAAUAUUUAAAAAAAAACAUAUAUUAAUGCCACACAAAUGAUAGUCUAUGUGAUUUUGUAUUUGAAAAUAUCUUGACUCAGUUGAAAAAUUAUGGAAUUGAAUAGUGAUUUUUUUUUACUAUUGUCUAUUUUUAAUAAAAAUUUUUGAAUAUUUUCUCCAUAAACGAUAGACAAAGUGCCGCUUUCGUAUCUCUUAAGACUGAUGAAAGGAAAUUGAAAGUAUUGAAAUGUUUAAGGAAUUGUAUUACUUUAAUAAAUUCGGUUUGUUGGUACAAGUUUUCAUAGUCAAGUUCGGUGGAAUACGUCGGAUUAAUAUGGACCAAAUCAAAAAUGGUGUGAUUUACAAAUAAUCAAUAUGAGCCAAUGUUCUUAAAAUGAAAAGAUGCGUUCCAGUAAUUAUUUUGAUGUUUUGUGUACAUUUUUAUAUUAUUUAAUGUUAAAAAUAAUUAUAAUCAUUGAUUGUAUUCUCUGUAACAUUUUCUAUCCGUACUUAGAUUGUCAUUUUCAAAGAGAUUCUAUAUUUAAAAUUUCAUGAAAUCACUAACACUCUAAAUAAACUGCCAAACAUAUUUUUUUUAAUUAAGUACACAGGAAUGUUUUUCUAUGUUUAAUGUCUCAUUUUUCACUCUUUUAUAUUUCUUUGCUAUACAUAUUUAAAAAAUAAAUUAUAUAAUUUUUAGGUGAGGUAGGUACUAUUUAUUUAAUUAUUGUUUCGUUAUAAUGUGUUGAUUGAUGUGUGUGUUUUUUUAUAUUUUUAUAUAAAUAAAGAAGAUCUCAAUUUUUGUUUGCAAUGUAAUAUGAUUAUAGGGGUAUGUAUUUACGUUUUAUAUUAUACAUUAAUUUAUUUAAAAACUUAUUUACCCAGGCUUAAGCCGAGCACGGUAUUGAUACAGCUGCGUUAUUUUGAUUCCAUUAUAUACAUAUAAUGAAGUUACAACUUCAGAUAAUCUGAUGUAAUUAUACCACAAGAUAACUACCCUUGUAUAUAAGUCUGUCUUCCUGAAACCGUAUUUUUAUAUGAAUAUUUAAAUUUUAAAUUGAUCAUUUGUAGUGCCAAUGGUAUUCUUACGUUAUAACGAAAUAAUUUUUCAGUUGUAUAAAUACCGUUAUAAAUGAAUCGCAUUAAGUUACGUGUAUCACAAUGACUUAAUUACUAUUGCACUUAUUAAUAAAACGCUUAGAUAUUUUAAUCUUUUUAAAUUAUAUUGUAGUUAUAUUCAUAUGUUUGUAACUUUUUUUGUGUAAAACAAUGUACGCUUCGCAUUAAGUGUCAUAAUGUUAUCGAUGUGUACUGUAAAAUUACGUGCAUAAAAAUUUGUAUGUGCAUAGACCCACACAUACACAAAUGAAGUUUUUUUUACUUGCGUUUCAAUAAAUUGAUAUAUUAUAGUAAGCCGUCUGGAGCGGACUUUAUAAAAAAAAGAGUAAGGAUUACUGCGGUGCAAUGCAUAAAGAUGUAUGAAAUUUGUGAAAAUGAUAAUAAACUCAGUUUGAAAGUACAAUGUUUCACGAAAAUAUUGGUGCAUUAGUUUUUAUGGAUAAUUAAGAUCGUAAUUAUAAUGUACGAAUUAAUUUAAAACGUAGUUCUACCCAAUUGAAUAUUUCUUAUAAAAUAAGAAUCGUAUGCCUUAUUCGAAAUUUCAUAUCGUUAUUGUAUUUUUAAUGCAAACGCGUAAUUAUAAUAUUUAAUCGUAGGCCGUUUACAGUUUAAAAACAUUAAGCAACGAACUUACAAUUAAUAUAAUUAUUGUUUGUAACGAUAUUUCUAUUACAAUAUCUCGGAACCCGGAUUUAUAAUUCAUUCAACUGUAAACGGUUCUCGGUAGUUCGUAGUGAUAUUUAGACUUAUCUUUUGAGGCUUUUUUCGUAUAGUAAUUGGAUAAAAGAUUUUUUUUAAAAGACAUUUUUAAAUUUAAUCAACAAUAACGAAUAUUCCUAAAAAAAUGCCAACCUUACCUGUGUUGCCAACUACUUCGGUGAUUUUGCAUUUAUUCAUAAGCUUGUGUAUUAAAUAUAUUAUUACCCAUAUAUUUACGACUUAGCGACUUGAAAUGUAAAUUAUACUCUUAUUUCAAAUUUGACAUCAAACAAAUAUAUUGUUUGCUUAUCUAACCGCUAGGGGCGCUGUACGCACACUUCACAGACAUUUUUAAUGUAUACACAGUAUCAACUGCUGUAUUGUUAUAUUAAAAAUGUCGUUUCUUUUAUUGAUUUCAUUAUUUUUCUCAACUAUACAAUUUUUUCAAAACUAUUACAAUAGUUUUUAUAGUAAGGUAGAUUAUUCUACAUUUUUGGUCGUUCGAGUCAACA